AAGGCACGAGUAAGAUGCUGACUCGAGCCUACAAUCACAGGACGUGUAAUCUCCUUGAUAGCCGAGAAGAGGUCCCCUUCAGAGGACAUCUGUACCACAAACAUUCCAUCAGGAUGGGGAGAGGGGAGAUGGACACGGAGUUUUACAAGGCACAAGUAAGAUGCUGACUCGAGCCUACAAUCACAGGACGUGUAAUCUCCUUGAUAGCCGAGAAGAGGUCCCCUUCAGAGGACAUCUGUACCACAAACAUUCCAUCAGGAUGGGGAGAGGGGAGAUGGACACGGAGUUUUACAAGGCACAAGUAAGAUGCUGACUCGAGCCUACAAUCACAGGACGUGUAAUCUCCUUGAUAGCCGAGAAGAGGUCCCCUUCAGAAGGCACCUGUACCACAAACAUUCCAUCAGGAUGGGGAGAGGGGAGAUGGACACGGAGUUUUACAAGGCACAAGUAAGAUGCUGACUCGAGCCUACAAUCACAGGACGUGUAAUCUCCUUGAUAGCCGAGAAGAGGUCCCCUUCAGAAGGCACCUGUACCACAAACAUUCCAUCAGGAUGGGGAGAGGGGAGAUGGACACGGAGUUUUACAAGGCACAAGUAAGAUGCUGACUCGAGCCUACAAUCACAGGACGUGUAAUCUCCUUGAUAGCCGAGAAGAGGUCCCCUUCAGAAGGCACCUGUACCACAAACAUUCCAUCAGGAUGGGGAGAGGGGAGAUGGACACGGAGUUUUACAAGGCACAAGUAAGAUGCUGACUCGAGCCUACAAUCACAGGACGUGUAAUCUCCUUGAUAGCCGAGAAGAGGUCCCCUUCAGAAGGCACCUGUACCACAAACAUUCCAUCAGGAUGGGGAGAGGGGAGAUGGACACGGAGUUUUACAAGGCACAAGUAAGAUGCUGACUCGAGCCUACAAUCACAGGACGUGUAAUCUCCUUGAUAGCCGAGAAGAGGUCCCCUUCAGAGGACAUCUGUACUAUUCGAGGAUGGGAACACAACUUUUUUAUCGGCCAGGAACGCCUCCUCAGCAGAAGCCAGGAGAACGUUUCCACUGCAGCAACUGCAGCAAGAGCUACAAGUACAAGCGAGAUCUGGUGCGUCAUCAGCGCUUGGGGUGCAACCACCGGUUCGACUGUCACUUGUGCUCGUUCAAAACCUUAUACCGCACGAACCUCAACAUCCACUGCUACCGCAGGCACAACAUACCGUGGAUCUGACCCGAGCUGAAACAGGACUCGAGUCGACGCGAUUGAAUAUUCCGAUACAACUCAUCAGUGUAGUGUCAUUUCAUUUAAAAUACAAUAGUUUAGAGCUAAUGACGAGUUCCUUUGUUCUUUGUCCUGGACUAUUGAUUUCGCCUUGGUUCGAACGCGGUCUGGACGAAUGCUUAAAGUGUAUAUUGAAUUUUGAUCGGUUUUAGUACGGAUUGCACUUUAGAUAUAUGAAAUGGUACAACAGCCGUGUUUAUUUUUGGACCUUAUACACAAAUGCUAUCAGACUAAAAUGUCUCCAGGAAUGUAUGUUUCGUAACAAACGGACGGAUUUUCCAGUUUAAAGAUUACUGCUUAGGUUGGCCGCCCGUACCGUUACAGUGGUUGCUUAUUGAGAUCGUGUCGAUAGUCGUGUGUCCGUCUGUGCGACAAUUAUCGAUAGAAAUAUCCUAUAAACUUGAAACUAAGAACAUUAUUGUUUGGUUUAUCUUUGUCCAAAGAGCAAAUCUAUUGAUUUGGAGUCAAAAGAACAAAGAGCAGCAAAGUUACAUAACAAACUAUUAAUCCGAGAUAAAAGUUACACUGAGUUUGGAAAAGAUUGAAUGUAAUAAUAAAAUCGAUUAUACAACCAAGUUUAACAAUUAUAGUGGGUCUCUCAUUGUGGGACAUUCAAAUACAGACAGUUGAUUGAAGUACCGAUGACUAAACAUUAGCUACAACAUGUCACGCGAUAUAAAUCGAUUACACGUCCUGACCGUGGAUAUGUGUUUAUGUUCCAGUGCUCGCAGACAUGAACAAGCUGAUGUGCAAGAACUGUGGGAAGGUGUACAAGUACCAGCGUGGUCUGACCCGUCACGAACGCUACGAGUGUGGUGACAAGAAACUGUUCCAAUGUUCGUUCUGUGAUUACAAGGCGAAGCAGAAGGAGACUCUAAAAAUGCACGUGUUUUCUAAACACAAAAUGUAUAUGAAUUCGAGCCAGUAGCGUUGUGUCUAUAGAGGAAGUAAAUAUGUGAGUUGAGGUGCAAUAAAGAUGUGCUGUGUGUAGCAUUCGCUGACAAUUAUAUUUUUUGUACGGUUGGUUCCCAGUUCACCAUAAAUUGAAGUUUAGUGUUUACUGUUUAUACACUCUUAUUUAAUUGUAAAUUAAAACAGAUUUGGUUGAAACUGUUAUGCAAACAGGGUCAAAUAGGAUUUAUGUUAUAUAUAAAUUGUCAAAUCCAAAUUGCAAAUGAUAUAAACAAUUGUCUUCAAAAAUAAAUGGUUGUCAUAUAGA